UCUCUCAGGCCGCAUUGCAUCUUGGGAAGAUGGCGGCGGGUGGCGCGUGAGGCCGGCGCUGAAUUGACAGAUUUCUGAUCAUGCCUGAAAGGGAAGGGAACAUCUGAAGAAGCAUUAUUUCUCCCCAAACACAUGAUGAAGGUCUUCUGCGGAAGGGCCAACCCAACCACUGGGGCUGUGGAGUGGAUGGAGGAAGGCGAGGACUAUGACUACCAUCAAGAAAUUGCCAGAUCGUGUUAUGCAGACAUGCUGAAUGACAAAGAUCGGAAUCAAAAGUAUUAUCAGGGUAUCCGUGCUGCUGUGGGGAGAGUAAAAGAAAGAGGGCAACGUGCAAUUGUCCUGGACAUUGGAACCGGCACAGGACUCUUGUCCAUGAUGGCCGUGACAGCAGGGGCUGAUUUCUGCUAUGCUGUGGAGGUCUUCAAGCCUAUGGCUGAAACUGCUGGGAAGAUAGUAGAAAAAAACGGCUUUAGCAACAAGAUAAAGAUAAUCAACAAACACUCAACUGAAGUUACAGUGGGCCCUGAUGGAGACAUGGAGUCUCGUGCAAACAUCCUGAUCACGGAACUGUUUGAUACCGAAUUGAUUGGAGAAGGGGCCUUGCCUUCUUAUGAGCAUGCCCACAGGUACCUUGUGCAGGAAGGAUGUGAAGCAGUGCCUCACAGGGCAACAGUCUAUGCCCAGUUGGUGGAGUCCAAAAGGAUGUGGUCCUGGAACAAGCUCUUUCCCAUUCAUGUCCAAGCAGAAGGUGGCAAGAAGGUGAUUGUCUCCCCACCAGAAAUGGAGAACUGCCCAGGAUCACCUUCUGUCUAUGAUAUGCAAUUGAAUCAGGUGCCGUUGUCUGACUUCGUGGCUCUCAGUGAAGUUGUCACAAUGUUCAGUGUAGAUUUUAGUAAGCAAGUCAGCAGAGCCCCAUCUUCUCACACAAUGCAACUGGAGCCUAUAGAGUCCGGCAAAGCCCAGGUGGUCCUCUCCUGGUGGGACAUCGACAUGGACCCUGCUGGUUCAAUAAAAUGUACCAUGGCCCCAUACUGGGUGCAGCCUGCCUCUGACGAUAUCCCGUGGCGAGAUCACUGGAUGCAGUGUGUGUAUUUCCUUCCUCAUGAGGAUCCUAUCGUCCAGGGCCAGAGUGUGAACCUGACUGCCUUUCAUGAUGAUUAUUCUGUGUGGUAUAAGCUUCAAAAAGGCAGAGCGGAAGAAGGCGACGUUGCUGUUGAGAGUCCUGUGUGUAGGUGCCAGGCCCACAUGCUGUGGAACCGGCCACGGUUUGGAGAACUGAACGAUCAAAAUCGAACAUCUCUGUAUUUGGAAGCUCUGCAGAAAGUUUUGAAGCCGAACAGCAUUUGCCUCAGCGUCAGUGAUGGCAGCCUCCUUCCUAUCUUGGCUCAUCAUUUGGGAGCAGAAGAGGUGUUUACACUGGAAACCUCCUCAGUGUCUCAUUCACUCAUGCAGAAGAUUUUUAAGGCCAACCAUCUAGAAAAUAGAAUUAAAAUAAUAGAGAAGAACCCUGAGUCGUUGACUUCUUCUGAUCUUGGGGACAAAAAGGUAUCCGUUCUAAUUGGCGAGCCCUUUUUCUCUACAAGCUUGUUACCAUGGCACAAUUUAUAUUUCUGGUACGGCCGGACGGCGCUGGCACCUCACUUCACCAGUGACAUAAAGGUCCUCCCCGAGUCGGCUUCCCUUCACCUGAUGGUUGUGGAGUUCAAGGACUUGUGGCGCAUCCGCAGCCCAUGUGGCAGUUGUGAAGGGUUUGAUGUGAGCAUCAUGGAUGAGAUGAUAAAGAAUUCGUUAGACUUCAGGGAAUCCAGGGAAGCAGAACCUCAUCCUUUGUGGGAGUAUCCUUGCAAGUCCCUCUCGGAUCCAGAGGAAGUCUUCACCUUUGACUUCCAACAAACUGUGUUGGAGCACACACUCAGGAAAGAAGGCCUCGUAAACCUGACAAGAACCGGGAAGACCCACGGAGCUGUGCUGUGGAUGGAAUAUCAACUGGUACCCGGGCUUUGCAUUAGCACAGGACUUGUACAGGUUGCGGAUGAAAAGGGCUAUUGCCAGUGGACCCCCCACUGCAAGCAGGCAGUGUAUUUCUUCAGAUCAGUGACCGAGCCAGAAUCUCUUAUCGAUAAUCCCUCUGCAGUUACGUACACUGUGAGCUUCAACCCAAAGACUGGAAACGUCAGCAUGGAUUUUACACUCUUGAAUUAAUGCGGCGUCCUUCCGAAGAACAAUCUAUUUUCUCUUUCUCUCUUGUGGCUAGGUCUUAAUAAAUAUAUUGAUAGAU